ACGUGUUGGGAAGCGUAGCGUUGGCUCGGAGGAGGCGUGUGUUCUGAUCCGGCUACAGGCCCUACAUUGCCGCAUGUGGCCUCUGGGACUGUCUUGUGCGGUUCCGGGUCGCUGGAGCUUCUGGUGCGCGUCGUUUGGCAGGGCCAUGUCUGAGGGCUCCGCCCGCCGGCCGCGGCCUCCUAAGGACCCUCUGCGGCAUUUGCGUACGCGGGAGAAGCGCGGCUCUGCGGGGGAGCGCGAGGGACCCAGCACCGUGUACUUACAGGUGGUGGCCUCCGGGACCCGCGAUGCCGGCUCGGCUCUUUACGUCUUCUCCGAGUUUAACCGGUAUCUUUUCAAUUGUGGGGAAGGUAUCCAGAGGAUCAUGCAGGAACACAAACUAAAGGUUUCUCGCUUGGAUAACAUCUUCCUGACUCGAAUGCACUGGUCCAGUGUUGGAGGUUUGUCAGGAAUGAUUCUUACCUUAAAGGAAACUGGGCUUCCAAAAUGUGUUUUUUCUGGACCACCACAGUUGGAAAAAUACCUAGAAGCUAUCAAAGUAUUUUCUGGUCCAUUGAAAGGAAUAAACUUGGCUGUCCGACCCUAUUCUGCUCCAGAAUACAAAGAUGAUACGAUGACAGUUUUUCAGUUGCCUAUAAAAAGUAAAUGGGUUGCAAGUGAUUACCAGCUGACUCAGCAUUCCAGGAAGUCUCCCACCAGGUUUACUCCAAACCAUCCUACCAACUCUGAAUCUUUUAAAAGUGAACAACAACUUCCAGGUGGUGAUGGAAAUGAUUCUCUAAAGGACAUAGAUGACAGUUGGAAAAUAAAAGGCAGAGACCCAUCUUUGGUUGUAGCUUUCAUCUGUAAGCUUCAUGUGAAACAAGGAAAUUUUUUGGUGCUCAAAGCAAAAGAUUUGGGACUUCCCGUUGGUACAUCUGCCAUCGCACCUAUAAUUGCUGCUGUCAAGGCUGGGAAAAGUGUCAAUUAUGAAGGAAGAGAGAUUUUACCAGAGGAGGUUUGUAGCCCUCCAGAUCCUGGCUCUGUUUUUAUUGUGGUGGAAUGUCCCGACCAAGGAUUUGUAGAGCCGAUCUGUGAAAAUGACACCUUCCGGAGGUAUCAAGAGGAAAAGGCUGAGGCUCCUGUGUCUGUGGUUGUUCACAUGACUCCAGAAUCAAUAUUGCGGGAUAGCAGAUACCAGCAGUGGAUGGAAAGGUUUGGCCCCCAAACUCAGCACCUGAUCUUGAAUGAGAAUUGUACUUCUGUACACAAUCUCCGUAGCCUUAAGAUUCAAACUCAACUCAAUCUCAUUGACUCAGAUGUAUUUCCCCAGCUUACCAGCUAUAAUUGCAAGGAGGAUCUGGCUACUUUCUCCCUGCCUGUAAUCCGUGGUGAGUGCCUCCUGAAGUACCAGCUAAGACCCAAACUACAUUGGCAGAGGGAUGCCUGUAUCACUUGCAACCUUGAUGAAUUUGUGACUGAAGCUCUGGACUUACCUCAUUUUCAGGAAAGGGUGCAGGAGUAUAAGGAAAAUGCGCGGGACAGUACAGCACUAUUAGGGCAAGGAAUCCAGUAUCCGGAAGUCAUCUUUCUCGGAACUGGAUCUGCCAUUCCAAUGAAGAUCCGAAAUGUCAGUUCCACACUUGUGAAUAUAAGCUCUGACCAGUCUCUGCUACUAGAUUGUGGGGAAGGCACCUUUGGGCAACUCUGCCGCCAUUAUGGGGAUGAAGUGGAUAGAAUCCUGAUUAACAUUGCUGCUGUGUUUGUGUCCCACAUUCAUGCAGAUCACCAUACAGGCUUAUUAAAUAUCCUGUUGCAGAGAAACCGUGCUCUGGUAUCAGUGGGAAAAUCAUCCAGCCCGCUGUUACUAAUAGCGCCUACUCAAGUCAUGGCAUGGCUACAGCAGUACCAUGACCAUUGCCAAGAGAUUCUAGAUGCUGUCGAGAUGAUCCCUGCCAAGUGCCUCCAGAAAGGAAUUGAAGUCUCCAAACCCAUGAUUGCAAAAUCGAUUACUUCACUGCUAGAAAAAUAUGAUUUGGAAGAGUUUCAGACUUGUUUGGUUCAGCACUGUAAGAAUGCUUUUGGUUGUGCAUUGAUCCACAAAUCAGGCUGGAAAAUAGUCUACUCCGGUGAUACCAUGCCUUGUGAUGCUCUGGUCCGGUUGGGUAAAGGAGCUACUAUGCUUAUUCAUGAAGCUACUUUGGAAGAUGGUUUAGAGGAGGAAGCAGUAGAAAAAACACACAGCACUACUUCCCAAGCAAUUGGAGUUGGGGUGAAGAUGAAUGCCAGGUUUAUCAUGUUGAAUCACUUUAGUCAGCGUUAUGCCAAGAUCCCCCUUUUCAGCCCUGACUUCAGUGAGAAAGUUGGGAUUGCAUUUGACCACAUGAGGGUUGGCUUUGGAGACUUUUCAACAGUUCCUAGACUGAUCUCUCCUCUCAAAGCCCUGUUUGCUGAUGAGAUCAAAGAGAUGGUGGACAGGAAAGAGAAACGGGAGUUGCGACAAAUCAGAAAGGCCACUAUUAGUGCAGGUCAUUGUGGGCAUGAUGAUGGACAAGGGCCCAAGCCGACUCAUAAUGGAGAAGAGAGACCUAAAAGCCCACCAGUCAAAAAGCUCAAAGUAAACUGAAGGCAUCUACCAUGGCCUUGGAGAAGGAGAACUUAUAUCCUUCCUUUCCUUUCUUUAUGGGGAGGCGAUAAGUGCUGGUUGAGUGGAGUGGUAACUUCUUUUGCACUCUAAAAGAAAAUCCUGUUAACUUUGACAGAGCUACUGGGAAGAGAAAGAGACUUUGAAAUAGAAUAUAAUCUCUUGAAAGAUGGAUGAUGUGAUUUUUGUCUUUGUAUCCCAGUGUUGGUCACAUAAUGCCUUGCAAAUACUAGUUAUGUUAUAAAUGUUUGUGGAAUUGAAUUUAAAGAAUGAACAAAUUGAAUCAUAUACAAUUAAUAAUAAAAACUGUCAGAAUUUUUUAAAGAAUAA